AGUAGUCGCUUGAAAACAGCUGUUUGCAAAGGAAUAUUUUGUUUUGUAAGCAAACAAAUUUGGAUUGUUUUAUAUUCAAAUCGUUAUUUGUAAGAAAAAAUUAUUAUCUAAAAUGCUCAAAGUAGUUUCACCAACUAAUAUUUAUAGUUGUAACUACUCAAAGUCGAAAUGCGCUGAAAUUCAUUAUCAAUCGUCGACAUUUUCAAUUUUGUGUGUAUUUUGCGGCAUGGAAACGCUUACAUUUCCAGAUUUCUGUGAUCAUUUUCACAUGCAUUAUGAAACGUUCAUAAACGCUUUGACAGACAAAGAGGAAUUAAACAUAAAUAGUGACAGUGAAAUUAUUGAGCCCAAUUUCAAUGGAAAACGAGAUCCAUUGAAAUUUGAGUUUGGAGAUUCUACUAAAGAUACUGAAGACGUCUUAGGCAUUCUGCGCGCAUGUAAGGACGAAACAGCAACCACAAGUAUCAAUGUAAUAUCGAAGAAUGAUGGGAAUGCUUCCGACUGUGGCCUUGAUCAAUAUCAAGCAGAAUACGAAUCCGACAAAUCUGGCAGGGAAUUAAUAAGAAACAAGAUAAAAUUGGAGAAUACGGAUAUCACUUACAAACAUACAACAAAAGGUUGCCAAAUGAAUACAAAAGAUGUUACCACAUUUCCAAAUAGUUCUGAAAGCGACGAAAAGUCCAAUGAAGCCGACAACGAUCGUCUGCAUUCAAUAUCGAUUGAUUGUCAAAUAAAUGAAAGUAUUGAUUGGUCGAAAUCCUACAAACCAAAUUUAUUGAGAAACAGUGACAAACGUCCGUAUAAGGCCCGCAAUACGCCCAAUAUGUGCACAUAUUGUGGGAAAACAUUUCGACGUCGCAUACAACUAGAUACACACCUGCAUAUACACACCGGUUCCAAACCGCAUCAAUGUGAAAUUUGUGGUCGUCUCUUUCGCGCAGUUACAACACUAGCACGUCACUUAAUCACCCACGAACAACGAGAAGAGUUUAGUUGUAAAUUUUGUUCGAAAUCUUUUUCACGUCGUGCAGCAAUGCUGAGCCACGAAUUAAGGCACACACAACAGCGGCAUAUACCCUGUGACGAAUGUGAUAAGCUCUUUUAUACAGUAAAUCAAAUGGAUACACAUAAACGGAAGGUUCAUAAUAAGACGGAUGAGGCUUCUUUGCCGUUUCAAUGCAGUUUAUGCACGAACAGGUACCGAAGCGCAUCAAUGUUAAGUACACAUAAGUUCAAAAAGCACUAUAAAACAGCAACAAUAGUUUGUGAGCAGUGUGGCAAGAAGUUUAUAAAUGAUCAAGAGCUGAAUACACAUAAAGCGAUACAUAUUUGCAGUCUUAGAAACAGUCAGUGAGUUUUAAAAUAGGAACAAAUUAAGUAUUUACUUACCGCACAACUUCCUUAUGACUUUCCGUAUGCAAGACAAGAAAUUUGAGCAAUGCUUUGUGCAAUGUUGGUUUAUUAAAAGUUGCUAUGAGUAAAACUCUUCAUCAAAUAUUUUAUAUUAAACAGAACUUACAAGAAAUCAAUACAAUCUUCAGCUCUCUAGACCUUGAUGUCUCUCUGCUAAUGAGUGGUUUUUGUAAUCAACUGAAAUCUUAUUUAUUUAUUAAUUAUUAAUAUUUUCUAACGUUAGUGGGCUUCAGGAAUAAAUAAAAUCUGCGUAGCAAUAGAUCUUUAAUUGAGAAGACCCUCUACAUAAUAAAUGAACCAAUUAAAAGGUCCGUAAAAUUAUGUAUGACUUUAAUCUUAGUUUAGAUUAAAACUUUUAUUUUUUAUAACUAAAUUAAUAAUUUUUGAAUAUACUAUCUGUUUCGUAGUCUGUAAGAAUUAUAUAAAAAUAUAAACAAAUAAUGCUGCCGUGUCA